ACCCACCCAAGUCUUCCCCUAUCUGUUCAGAACAUAAGACUCUCCCUGAUCCUCUCUCUCUCUCUCUUUCUGUUUAGGAUCAACAAUGGCGGAAAUGAAACAAAGCAUAGUGCUAUAUCCAGCAUCACCUGGAUCGCACUACUUGGGUUCCACAGUCGAACUAGGAAAGCUCAUCUCCCAACGCCACCCCAACUUCUCCAUCACAGUCUUGGUCGAUACAUCUUCCCCUAAAGCUCUAGCCAAUUCCUCAUACAUCAACCAUCUUCUCUCUUCUGAUCAAACCUCCAUCUCCUUCUUCACUCUCCCCUCCCUCAAUCUCCCCCACCCCGACGCCCAAACCAGACCCGAAUUCUUCUUAACUGUCCCCAAUGUCGUCCAAGCCCUCAAGACAAUAUCUCUCACUUCCAAAGUCCUCGCCUUCAUCACGUCAGCAGUGCAACACCCUUACGACCCGGAAAUCCCAACUUACUAUUACUUCCCCUCUUGCGCCUCUGCUCUUGCUCUGUUUCUGUACCUCCCCACUAUCCAUGAUCAAAUGCCGGAGAGCUUCAAGGACCUAAACGACGACGUUGUGGAGUUUCCGGGAUUGCCAGCGCUCCGAGGCUCGCAAAUGCCGGUUUCUAUUCUCGACCGCAACGAGGCUGCAUAUGAUCACUAUCUCCAUAUUGCUUCCUGUCUUCCAAAAGCGAAGGGAAUUAUAAUAAACACCAUCCAAGAACUUGAGCCUCGAGCAAUCAAGGCCAUAAAGGAAGGUAUUUGUGUUCCUAAUCAUCGAACCCCGCCGUUAUAUCACAUCGGACCGUUCAUUUCCGACUCUGAAAAUAGGUCGAUCCAAGGCGGUUCGCCUAUGCCAACUAACUGUUCCACGUUGUUAUGGCUGGAUGAGCAGCCGAGCCGGAGUGUGGUGUUCUUGUGCUUUGGAAGCAGAGGUACGUUUUCUGAAGAGCAGUUUAAGGAAUUGGCUAUAGGCUUGGAGAGAAGCAAGUUGAGAUUUUUGUGGGUUGUGAGGAAUCAGCUGGAUUUGGAGGUACUGCUACCACAAGGGUUCUUGGAGAGGACCAAAGAUAGAGGUCUUGUAGUCACGUCUUGGGCGCCACAGGUUGCUAUUCUAAGUCAUGAAUCUGUGGGUGGGUUUGUGACUCACUGUGGGUGGAACUCCAUCACUGAAGCAGUGACUUAUGGAGUGCCUAUGGUGGCUUGGCCUUUGUAUUCCGAGCAGGAAGUGAACAGUGUGGUGUUGGUGGAGGAAAUGAAGCUGGCAAUACCGAUAUUUGAGGUGCUGUCCAAGUCAAAACAAGGGUUGGUGAGUGCAGAUGAGGUGGAGAAGAAGGUGUUGAGGUUGAUGGACAUGGAGUCGGAAGAAGGGAAAAGUCUAAGAGAAAGGUGUCAAGCUGUCAAGGCAAUGGGUUUGGCUGCUUGGAGAAAUGGUGGCUCAUCCUUCACUGCUUUUUCAGAGCUGGUAAGUUCUUGGAUGCACUAAAGAAAACAAAAUUAUGUACUAUGGAAACCAAUCUAUGCAAGUCUAUUACUUUUUUGUAACACAAUAAUCACCAGUUAUCAAAUACAAGUCAUUUAAAAUUUAUGAUGAUCAACCAGAAAUGCUUGAUGAU